UGGAAAAUUUCGUUUAAUGAAUAUGCUGCUUAAAGUGAACUUCUGCUUUAUCUUCAAAGCGAGGUGUGGUUAAUUGGAGCGGAUGAGCGUUAAAUUUGAGCUGUAAUUGAGAUAUAUUUCUUUUAAAUAAAGAUAAAAGCAAAAACUAAUUAAAACGAAAAAUACACGAUGCUUGGUCGUCUUCCUGCAUGUGUGAUCGACGUGGGUACGGGAUAUACGAAACUAGGUUUUGCAGGCAAUAAAGAACCUCAACUUAUAAUUCCAUCAGCAAUUGCUAUUAAAGAAACUGCAAAAGUUGGAGAUAACAAUGCUAGAAGAGUUACUAAAGGAGUUGAAGAUCUGGAUGCUUAUAUUGGAGAUGAAGCUUUUGAAGCUACUGGUUAUUCUGUAAAAUAUCCAGUUAGACAUGGGUUAGUGGAAGAUUGGGAUUUAAUGGAAAAAUUUCUGCAGCAGUGUAUUUUCAAAUAUCUUAGAGCAGAACCUGAAGAUCAUUAUUUUUUACUUACGGAACCACCAUUAAACACUCCUGAAAAUCGUGAAUAUACUGCAGAAAUAAUGUUUGAAUCAUUUAAUGUACCAGGUCUUUAUAUUGCUGUACAAGCAGUAUUAGCAUUAGCUGCUUCUUGGACAGCUAAAACAAUAGAGGAUAGAACAUUAACAGGUGUGGUUGUUGAUAGUGGAGAUGGAGUUACACAUGUAAUACCAGUGGCAGAAGGUUUUGUUAUAGGAAGUUGUAUAAAACAUAUUCCUAUUGCUGGUCGUGAUAUUACAUAUUUUAUUCAAAGUUUAUUACGAGAACGUGAAAUUGGAAUACCACCUGAACAAUCAUUAGAAACAGCUAAGGCAAUAAAAGAAAAAUAUUGUUACAUAUGUCCUGAUAUUUCAAAAGAAUUUGCUAAGUAUGAUAGUGAUCCUACUAAAAUAAAAAAAUAUGAAGGUGUGAACAGUAUUACAAAACAACCAUUUGUAGUAGAUGUUGGAUAUGAAAGGUUUCUAGGACCAGAAAUAUUCUUCCAUCCUGAAUUUUCUAAUCCAGAUUUCACAACACCAUUAAGUGAAAUUGUAGAUGAUGUAAUUCAAAAUUGUCCAAUAGAUGUUAGAAGACCAUUAUAUAGUAAUAUUGUAUUAUCAGGUGGUUCUACAAUGUUCAAAGAUUUUGGUAGACGAUUGCAACGUGAUAUAAAACGAAUUGUUGAUGCACGUCUCAAACUUAGUGAAACAUUAAGUGGAAGUCUUAUUACGCCAAAGCCUAUAGAUGUCCAUGUUAUAUCACAUCACAAACAACGAUGGGCAGUAUGGUAUGGUGGUGCUUUAUUAGCUAGUGAUCCAGAAUUUUAUACAGUCUGUCAUACUAAAAAAGCUUAUCAAGAAUAUGGUCCCGGAAUUUGUCGCUAUAAUCCCGUAUUUCACAGUAUGGUGUAAAAUAAAUAAGAAUACAAAUGACGUUAUUAUGGACCAAUGGUCUCUCUGAAUUUUAAA